AUGGUGGGUUGCGCAGUGGUGCACUCAAACGGCCACACUGCGGCGGCCAUGUCCACGGGCGGGCUGAUGAACAAGAUGACCGGGCGCAUCGGCGACUCGCCGUUGAUCGGGUCGGGGGAAGGCAAGGCCAUCAUACGCUCCACGCUGGCGUGCGACGUCGCCGCCGUGAUGGAGUACAGGGGCGCCGGGCUGCAGGAGGCCAUCGACUACUGCGUCAAGGAACGGCUGGACGAAGGGUUCAUCGGGCUCAUCGUGGUGUCCAGCACCGGCGAGGUGGCGCACGGGUUCAACUACACCGGCAUGUUCAGCGGAAAACCAUAA